UGUGCAGAUAAUUUAUUAAGUAAGGUUGGUUAUCCAUUGGCAAUCAAUGGAGAUUUAGGUUAUAAAGAUUUUUGUUCAAAAUUUGUAUGUAAUUCCAAUGGAACAAUAAAUUAUAUCAAUUUAAAUACAAUAAAUCAAGAUUUAAUUGGCUAUGACGAUUUUAGCUGCUUCACAGUAUUAUCAAAUAUAGAUUUAAAUGGUAUAUAUUUAAAAGAUAAUGUAGUUGGAACUCCUCCACAAAGACCCAUUUCAAGCUUUAAAGUAAAUUUUUACAAUUGCUAUAAUAUAUAUGCAAAUAUUCCUUAUUCAGCUACUCGAGAGGUUCAUUUUCUAAAUUUAGUUGAACCUUUUAAAACAAAUAUUUCUUUAGUCGCUUUAAGUUAUAUAAAAAAUUUUGAAAUGUACGAAAAUAGCAAUCCCUACAAAACAUUUUUAUAUCCAUAUGUCGACAACGAUUUAACCAGUGCUAUUGGUUUAACAACAUUGAUUUUGUAUUCCUCCAACGUACCAAUUUUUAGCAGCUUAUUUCGCCCCUCAUUAAUCCAAAUAAAUUUAGGCAAAGGUUUUGAUGCAUCAUCUCUUUCAAAUUUAAAUGAUUUAUCUAUUCUUCCCCAAUAUUCUUCAAUUAGUUUAAGGGUUUUAGAUGGUUCUGUUGCCUUUCCAUUUAAAAAAACAAGUUUAAAUUCUCGAGUAGUUUUUACUGGUUAUUUAGAUAAACCAUCAGACUAUAUUGAUUUAAGCCAAUUUGCUAGUAAUUCUUUAUCUCUAUCGAAUGUAUCAAACCUUUUUUCUAUUAAUGGGGAAAUUCCAUUUAAAAAUUAUCAAUCUACAUUAACCGAAAUUAUUAUCACAGAUGGGUCUUUUACUUCUAUUCCCAAGCAUUCUGGUUUAAAAACUCUUUCUUUGAAGAACAACAAUUUAAGUGGAGACAUCCUAGGAAAAUAUACUGACUAUUAUAGUGGCCUAACAAAAUUAGAUAUUUCAAAUAAUAAACUAAGUGGAACAAUUGAUGAGUCAUGGUGUCUAUUACAAUCAUUCGAUUUCUCAUCAAAUCAAUUUGUUGACCCCAUCCCAAAAUGCUUUAGCUGUUUCUUUUCGGGUUUUUCUUAUUCGAUGUAUUUUAAAUCAAAUAAUUUUGCAUCUCUAGACACUCCAAAUGAUUGUAUAAUUACACCAACCUUAACUGUAAAUAGAACAAUUAAUAGAAUGUAUUUAAGUGGUGAAUAUUUGGGGCUUUCACUAUAUAAUCCAUUUUCCUCCACCCCAUCUAUGACCUGGAAAUGGAUAAGCUAUAGUCUUUAUGAAGCAGAAUUUAUUCCAUCAACUACACCAGAUAUAAUUUUAAUUAGAUUUACAUCACUCGAUAAAAAUAUCACACUCUUUACGUCACAAACUGCACCAAAGGUAUCACAGGUUUCAUCUACAUACGAUACUUUUACUUUUAUUGGAUCUUAUUUUGCCUACAAUACCUCAACAAUAAAGAUUACAAUACAGUCUGUAGUUUGUGGAAUACAAAGUGCAACUUUUGAUCAAAUUAUUUGCUCUAUGCCCUCUCCUUUUACCUCAGAUAAAAAGGAUUUGAUUACCAUUAUCAAUGUCGCUGGUUUACAAACCCAAAUUACGGUUACUCCAAAUCAACUUAAUAAUAUUGUAGAAUGUGGAGUUUGUGAUGGUAUCUGUAUAUCCUCUAAUGGUACUUGCAUCCCCAAUAUAAAACAAUAUUCCAGCUCAAUUAUACCAAUUGAAAAAAAUUCAGAGGGUACAGUUCAAAUAUUUGGAUUUUUUGGUUCGACUCAUUCAAAUUUAGCUGUGACCAUUGGUGGCAUAAAUUGCAUCGUUACCUAUGUAGAUGAAAAACUAAUCAACUGCACAUUAAAAGGAACUGAUAGCUCCGGUUUUCAACAAGUAAAUAUAACACAAAAUGAAUAUUCUUGGUCAAGUAAAUCACUAUUUAUGUAUAUAGAUCCAAUACAAAGCUGCCCAAAUAGUUGCACCAAAGAAGAACAAGGUAUUUGUGACACCAAGGUUGGAAUAUGUAAUUGCAAAAAUAACUAUAGUGGUAUAGAUUGCUCCAUUUUAAAGAAUAAUGAUCAAAAUCUUAAAAAUAUAGUUUCAAUAGACAAAACUACCGGUAGUAGUAUUAUCUCAAACGAACAAACAAAUUUUGAAAUCAAAUUUAUAUCUUUAUUAGAGAUUGAUAUAAUAGGAAAUAUCAUUAAAAACCAUUCACUUGUUAGCUCUUGGGCCAAUAACGAAAACGAAUCAAAUGACGAAAAUGUAUAUAUUUUCUCACAGAAUCUAAUUAACUCCACUUGUAAAAUUGUAUCAGUUAUUGAACAAGUUAAAGAAGAUAAACAAUUUUCUUUUGCAGGUGUAGAUUUUACAGUUGAUGCAGGAUCAAUUAAAUUAUCAAUUUCAAUUAGCAACUAUACAUAUGCCAGUGCAUUAAACUCAUUACAAUUGUUAAUUCAGUCAUCAGCAAACGAAACUGAAGAUCAUGGAUAUGAUAAUGGAUGCAACAAUCAAAAUACUAAUAUUGAUACCACAGAGAUUAAAGACUCAACAUUAAACUUUAUAACAAUCAGAAAAAAUGAAAAAAUAUUAAAUGGGAAAUUUAUAAACAGAGUAAUAUCCGAUGGUAAUCCAACAUCCCUCCAAACCUCUAUAUUUUCUAAAACCCAAGACUCGCUAAUAAUUGCUCUUAACCUUCCUCACUUUAUGAAUGAAUGUUUAUUAGAUCCAGAUUUCUCUGUUUUGGUUUCACCUGAUUUUAAAUCAACAUGCCAAUCAAGAAAAUGGGUUGUUCCUGUAGCUGUGGUUGUACCUGUGGUUGUAGUUUCAAUUUUAGUUAUUGCUGGUGCGGUUUUUUAUAAAAAAAAUAAAACCGAAAUUAAAAUUAAAUUA